AUGUCCUUGACGCCGGGCAAUGAUGUUAUUUGGCCAUGGCAAUACAAUUUUCCGCCUUUUUUCACUCUUCAACCAAAUGCUGAGACUCGUCGCAAACAAAUAAAUGCCUGGUGUCAGUUAGUCCUUAAUUAUUUUCAAAGUAAAAAGCAGUUCACACUGAGUGUUGCAAGUAUUCGUGAUCCCUCCUGUCCUCUUUUUAAUAACAAAAGUAUCCAACGCUCAGCCAGCCCAGAAUUAGUUGACCUCACUUUGACUGAACUGCAUAAGCGUGGAAAUCUUGAGUGGCUUGACAGGUCUCAUACCAAUGCCAGAAUUAUAUGGCGGACUCCUGAAGAAUGGGCUGAUCUUAUCGCGAGAUGGGCCCGAUCCACUGGCCACAGCAAUUCAGUUUGUACAUUUUAUGAGUUGACUGACGGUGACGAUACAAAACAAGAAGCUUUUCAUGGUUUAGAUAUAUCUGUCUUAACAAAUGCAAUAACUGUCCUUCAAAAACGAGGUCAAGCUGAAAUAAUGGAAGAUGAAGGUGUAAAGUUCUACUGUUAG